UUGAUUGGCCAUUAUCUUAAGUAUUUGUUUUUAUUUUACUAUUUACAGGUGGUAAACUGUCUACAUUCUCUUGGUGGUCUUGCUCAAAAAAAUGGAUUUGAUGGACCAGUCAUAGGAGUGAAAGUAGCAGAGGAAAAUAAGCGAGCCUUUACCAAGGAACAAAUAGAAAUGGGUAAAACUGUGCUUAGCCUUCAGACAGGAACUAACAGAGGAGCUUCUCAAGCUGGAAUGACUCCUUAUGGUUCUAUUCGACAAAUUCUUCCUGACAGGAGAUGAAACUUAAUAAAAAUCAAACAGGAGGCAAAUUAUGUUUUUAUUUGAUUUUAAAUUUUGUAUUCAUUUUUUCCUUUGUGGCCAGAUAAAUUAGAAUUUAAAUUAAAGUCUUUUUUUGUUUUUGUACAUAUGUUAGACAUCUGAGUAAUUAUUUUGAAGUUUUACAUUUUUGAUAAACAAGAUAUCAAAAGGUCACGUUUUAAGAGCUUCAGUUGUACUGAAAAUUUUUGUGUGAGCUCUUAGCUCGUAUAGUAAUAUUAAACAAUGUUUACGUUAAUGUAACAAUAUUGUGAGUAUUCAAGAACAUUGUGUUCUAAAUGUGUUCAAAAGGCUUUACUUAUAAUUGACUACUGUUGACCGUUGGGUCAGAUAGCAUCUUUUUUUUUUUUAAAUGACUGAAUAUGUUUUAUGUGAUUUAAUCUAGAAAGCAAGAGAACCUUACAUCAAUAUUUUUAUUACAUGGCUGAAGUUUUCUCUGUACUAAUGAAUCUGUUAUUUAAACUUAGUAAGAAAACUUUGUAGUGUAGUAGGGAAAGUGCAUACUUAGGGCAAGUGCAAAAAAAAUUUAUUUACUUACCAAAUAAAGUUAAAUUUCUUUUAAGCUUUUAUUGUAACCAUUAGUGCCUUUCUGGUAUUGAACUGUUGAUAGGUUUUUGCAUUUUUUUUUUUCCAUGAAUUGUUAUGCAAGGAAGACUUGUGACUUUAUAACUUUUAUUUUCAUUAAUUAACACCAAAUGUUUGUAGUUUAGAUAUGAAAUAGGUUAUUGAAGCUUAGAGACUUAAUAUUAAACUAUGAUUUAUUCAGUGUACCACAGGUGUUUGGUAAUCUUUAUCUAACCUCCAUUCUUGUUUCUGACAUUUUUCUUUCCAAAUGUGAUUCAAGUUCUUAUUUGUAACUGAUGUUAAAAUGUAGUGUAGUGUAGAGUCAUUGGUCAAUUUUCUGUGAAUUGUGAAACAUUUUGUUAAGUGAGCAGUCUGAUAAACAGUUACAGAUGUUACAAAUCAUUAUUCCAUUUCCCCCCCCCCCCAUCUUUUUUUUUCUGUUAAUGUUUGUUUCUUUUGUUUUUAAUAAGUAAUCUGUGUAAUAUUUUUUUAACUAUUGAUUUUGUAUUGGAAGUGUUUUAAGUGCUUUUGAUAACAUUUCAAAGAUAUUCCAUAAUAUUAUGUUACAGUCAUUUGACAUAUAUAAAAGGCUUUGUGUUAAUUGGUUUAAUUUAUAGAUUCAUCAAUAUUUGAUAUUCUGAAGGAUAAUAAAUUUGGUAGAAAUACUAGCUUUGUAGCUCUAGAUUUCUUUUUGAUCACAGAUUCCAUGUCAUCAGUAUUACAGGAAAGAAAGCCUCUGUUACAAAAAUAAAGUAUUUAGAAAACCUUCAACGAUAAGUUUCUCAUUGUGUAUUGUUUGAAUUACAAAACUAGAGUUGAAACUUGGUAUGUUUUAUAAUAGGAAGUUAAUACACUGUUGUUUUAAAAGAGAUAAACCCCAGAAAAUUGAAAAUUCUGAGUAGUUAUAUUAUCACUGAUAAAAGGUUUGAACAUGUAUUAGAUUUUGAAAAUGAGUCAUCAAAGAAAACCCUUUUACCUCAUUUCUUAUCCUCUUCACUAUUAUAUUUGAGAAUAGUUCUGGUAAGUGGAUUUUAAAUGCAAUUAAACCUAAAAAAUACUGCAACUUACAAAAAUUGGUCAUCUUCAGUUAAACAUGUUCAGAAUGCUUAGAACAAAAUCAU